AUGAGUCAUUUAAUAGAUUCCUACAAGUUGAUAUCAAAUAAAUUAAAGAAAAAAAAGUUCCCAUUAAGGAAACCAAACUAUGGAGAAGCAGUAGAACAAUAUACACAAAUUAUGAAUUCAUUCAAGAGAGAGGGCAACAAUAUGUAUGCAGCAUUUUGUUGUCUUGCUAUUGCACGAUGUGAACAAGCAAUCAAGAAUUCAUCAUCGGCAGAAGCAUCUUGUUAUAUAGACUCUGGUUAUCUACUUUGGGUAGAUGAAACCAUCUCUCAAGAUAAUAAUAUAAUCACUUUUGAAGAAAAUGUAACUGAAGCGAUCAAUUGUUAUUUAAUGGCUAUAAAAAUAUAUCAAAAUUAUAAAAGAUUUACAAUCAUGGGAACAUUGUAUUAUGAGAUGGCAAUGAUACUAAAGAAAUUGAACAAGUUUGAGGAAUCAUCGGAAUACUUUCAAAAGGCAUCAGAGAUUAUGAGAACAGAGAGUCCAAUAGCUGCCAUCAAUGCACUACGAGAAGCAACAGGUGGAAAGAUUCAAGAGUGUGAUUACAAGGGUGCUUGUGAUUUUUUAGAUAUGAUGAUUACCAUUGCAACGGAAUCAAUGCCAGAUAAACCAUCUUCAUCAUCAUCAUCAUCAUCCAAUCUAAAUACAAUGGCACCAAUAUCAUCACUUAAUAUUAGUUUAUCUUUGUAUCCAUAUGCUCUUAUCGAAUCAAGAGUUACACUCAUUCUUUUGUACAUACUUCAAGACAAUUUCCUUAAAUCACAAUCUCAUCUUGGCAAACUUGUAAAUGAUAUUAAUGAUCAACAUGAUGGUCAAGCAUCUGAUCUAACAGAAGAAUCUGUUGCUUUAUUAAAUAAUUUAUUGAUGGCAUGUGAAAGAAAAGAAGUUGGUGGAUUACAAGCAAUUCAAAGAGAAUUAUGGAGUUCAUUAAAUGAUGUUCAAAAUGAUAUAUUACAAAGAAUAGCAUGUUCAAACAAAAUAUUACUUUAA